AAGACGGCAAACUAAAGUACAGCACGAAGAUCGGUGAACUUUGGUUUACAAUCAUGAUCUCGCGGAAUUGAACGAAUGCUUCAAGAAAGAAGAAAGCGAGGACGCGAAGAAGCCGCGUGCAUGGAUCUCUCUCAUACAUCCGUCAUCCCACGCGCGCUGUUCUCCAGGCAAAAUUCAACAUGAUUCGCCUAAUGAAACUGAUCGCGGCGAGGUUUUAAUGGAGGUGGAAGGUGAAUCUCCUGACAGCGAGCUUGAGUUUUAGUCGCCGUUAGUUCCAGAUGCACAACAUUGCUCCUCAUUGCAGAGUUCUCAUGCAUCCAGUUGGAGACACCAGAGCUUGGAGAGACAUGUGCGGUCUUUAGCAGCAAUAAUCGCGGCAGGAAACCAGUCUGGAGGGACGGUUGAUAAAAGCAAUAAAUCCCUACUGAACAUAAGGGACCCGACGCGCUAUGAGAAACUUCAGGGGAAGAGCUUCACUGGCGCGGAUGCUAGCUUUACGACGCCUUGUGAUGUUUUAAAGUGGAGCCUUUCUGAGACACGGGAACUUUUUGGAUUUACCAUCGACAUAAUUGCGGAGAUGACAAGAAGACAGGACGACAUUGCGCCAUCACCUGUUAUCUGAACACUGUGAUUAGUUCUCACAAAAGCACUGAAUCUUUAUUGCCUUUGAACCUGCUUUCAAUACAUUCCGCUGUUAGACAUGGAGACUAGUCAGCUACGGACAGUAGACGGGUUGAUUUCUUAACGAAUACAUAGCCAUAUUGUUUUUAUUCCUCUUAACACGUUGCGUUCGGUACAUCUAUUAAUUUUGCACUAUGAUGGAACCGCCACCUUGCGCUAAAAAGAGCCUGUCUCUUUCGCUGCCGGUUCCCCGGGAGGGACAGGCGACCCUCAAGCCUCCGCAGCAUCUGUGGAGACAGCCACGGACCCCCAUCAAAAUCAAACACCGCGGUUACUCUGACACCGACCGGCAUCACCACCGACAGAUAGAGCGCUCAAAUGCCAUGGACACGAGUGACCGGCCGGGGCUCAAGAAGUCCCGCAUGUCCUGGCCAUCGUCUUUCCAUGGAACCACCAGCGCGUCCAUGAGCAACUGCGCUGGGAACAAGCGCUAUGAUGGGGAGAAUGGGCCCUCUUCGCAGGCGAGUCCUGGGCUGGUGCUCCAUCCCUCCUUCCCUCAGAGUCAGAGAAGGGAAUCUUUCCUCUACCGCUCCGACUCCGACUACGACAUGUCCCCCAAGACCAUGUCACGAAACUCCUCCAUCAACAGCGAGGGUCAUGCUGAAGAUCUCAUAGUCACCCCUUUUGCUCAGGUGUUGGCUAGUCUACGAACUGUCAGAAGCAACUUCACAAUUCUCGCCAACGUCACGACUCCCACCAACAAGAGGUCACCAGUGACCAGCCAACCCACGGUUCCCCCAGCAACGCUCUCAGGCACUGUUGCCAGUAAAAUGCAUUACAGCAUCAGAAAUAGUGGAGCCACAGUGUUGGCUAGUCUACGAACUGUCAGAAGCAACUUCACAAUUCUCGCCAAUGUCACGACUCCCACCAACAAGAGGUCACCAGUGACCAGCCAACCCACGGUUCCCCCAGCAACGCUCUCAGAUGAGACAUACCAGCAGCUGGCCCGGGAGACUCUGGAGGAGCUUGACUGGUGUAUGGACCAGCUGGAGACCAUUCAGACCCACCGCUCUGUUAGCGAAAUGGCAUCCAACAAGGUGUUUCUUCAGUUACUUGCUGUUGCAUCUGUGCUGCCUACCGUCACUCUGGAGCGUCCUGGCCUGCUAGGCUGCGGCCUCUCUGCCCACACCCUGACCACGCCCACAUGCCGUUGGGGCACCCGCCGUGCUUCGGCCCCCGUGCACUUCCGUGCCUCUUGCCUUUGCCAGCGGUCCACGCCAUCCGUCACCCUCAGCAUGGGCGUACUGGAGGCCAUUGACCCGUCACCCUCUUCCUGCCCCUCACCUGUGCCCGGAGGCUACCGGCUGGCCCACUCCUCCAGCUACAGCCCCCUGCAGGGGAGAGGAGGGUCAGAGCUGGAGCUUGGGGCAGCUGCAGAUGGGGUGCUGGAUGGGGGUGGUCAAGCCACUGAGCGUAGGACCCCCUUCAUGGAUCUAUUCUGUGACACCUGCUCCAAACCCUGGCUGAUUGGCUGGUGGGACCAGGAAAGGGAUCUAUUAAAGACAUUUCGGAUCCCAGUGGACACGUUUAUCACUUAUGUGAUGACACUGGAAGACCACUACCAUGCCAACGUGGCCUAUCACAACAGCCAGCAUGCCGCUGAUGUCACACAGUCAACACAUGUGCUGCUCUCCACACCGGCACUGGAUGUGAACUCAGAACUGGCAUUAAUGUACAACGAUGAAUCUGUACUGGAGAACCACCACCUGGCUGUAGGUUUCAAGCUUCUGCAUGAGGAGAACUGUGACAUCUUUCAGAACCUCACCAAACGGCAACGGCAGAGUCUGCGCAAGCUGGUCAUUGACAUGGUUCUGGCAACAGACAUGUCAAAGCAUAUGAGCUUGCUGGCAGAUUUAAAGACAAUGGUCGAGACCAAGAAAGUGACAAGUUCAGGUGUGCUGAUGCUGGACCAUUAUAAUGACCGAAUACAGGUCCUGAGGAACAUGGUGCACUGUGCUGACCUUAGUAACCCAACCAAGCCCCUGGCAGUGUACAGGCAGUGGACUGAGCGUAUUAUGGAGGAGUUCUUCCGGCAGGGCGAUAAAGAGCGAGAGCGUGGGAUGGAAAUCAGCCCCAUGUGUGACAAACACACUGCGUCCGUGGAAAAGAGUCAGGUAGGAUUUAUUGAUUAUAUUGUGCAUCCCCUGUGGGAGACCUGGGGGGACCUGGUCCACCCUGAUGCUCAGGAAAUUUUGGACACCCUUGAGGACAACCGGGACUGGUACCAAAGCACCAUUCCCCAGAGCCCAUCGCCACCGCCUGACGGCCCAGAUAAUGAGCUUGAAUCCUGCACGAACAAAUUCCAGUUUGAGCUCACCCUGGAGGGAGAACCAGGACAGGACUGUGCUCCCAGUCAUAACCACAUAGACAGCCAUGGUCAAGAGGUAAAGAAUGAAGACGAGGAGGCGGAUGAAGCUGAGGAGGACGAGAUAGAGGAGAAAAUGGAGGACGGCGAGGAGGUGACAGAGGUAGUGGUCGAGAGGUCGGGACGGAGGCGACUGCAGGUUCAGUCAGUAGUCGAGGAGGAAGACGAGAGACAGUCUGAUGAGAGCCCCGUGGAGGAGGAGAAGUCAUCCUCUCCUACCGAUGACACGUAAUACUCGAGACUCAAGGAACAGCUGUCUGGCCCAGGGGACUGAGUAGGGGCCAUCCUUCAAAAACUGUCCCUAGUCCGUUCACAUAGGACUCUUCUGUUUCUGCUAGCUAGACCAUGAACAGAAUAAGUCUUGUGUACCAAUCCAAUAAGACAUUUGAUUUUAUUUUUCAAAAAGGGAACAAAAUAAUAUUGAUAUCAGAGAAGUAUUUAACACAGCAACUGUAGAUUUCAAGUGCGAGCUGGAGUCCGUCCAGCAGCAGCGAGGGUGAGGUUUGACGGAAAAACUGAAUUGCGGUGGGGUUUGUAAAGGGCCAUUAUGUCAGUGUAGCACUCUGGAAUUCCUACACAUACGCAUACACACAUUCACAGGCGUACAUGAAUUUUACCCUAAUAUAACGAUACCACACAGUACAUGCAAACACACGGUUGUGUGUCUGUGUAUGUGUUCAGGGGGCUUGGAUCUGAAAGGAAUCUCUUUGGGAAAAAGCCAUCAUAAAAAGGAGCAUCAGUGUCAAUAAUCAGUUUUUAAAGCAUUCUAACAGGGACUUGAAUCCUCAGAAUUCACAUGCUGAGUGAAAUCUGAGAGACUCUUUUCCAAUUUCUGUCAUAGAGAGAACACAGUUGCAUCUGCCGGGAGAAAAUAAGAUUACAUCUGCUGUCCAGAAGACUGGAGGGAUGAGUAUGUCGGAAAUGAUUUGGAUCAUCAGUGGGUCCCACCCCCUCUUACCCUUUACCCAGGAGUGCUACCAGUGCAAGAUGGCCGUGUGCCUUUCUGAACCACCAGCUUCAACUCUGGAGCUGUUGUGAAGCAAUGCAUCGUGGGACAGGAGUGUCUGCUUUUGUCUUCAUUUUUGAUUGUCUCUUUCUCUUUUUAAGCAAUCUAUCUCCAUCGAAUAUGGUUCUCGUGCCGGCAUGGAGCAUUCGCAUUGUCUUUGUGAUAGUUCCUGCUCUCAUCUGUCAGUCUUCCUCUGUCGCUUUCAAGCCAACCGAGCAUUUAGGGCCUACAUUAGAUUUAUCACCGUCACUGCUUACGAACUGCCCUCACUAUCCAUGUGAAUAAUUAAUGAUAGUCACUAUCUGAGGAUAAGCCAUGUGACGCUUUGAAACAUAUGUUUUGCCUUCUUUUUGUUUUGUUUUGUUUUGUUAUAUCCAUUCGUGCCAAAUUUGUAAAAGCAAGAGUCUCCUCAACUGCAGCACACAUUUGCACAGACUCUCUCACCUUCACCCACUCAUGCUGGUAAUGCAUUCUCUUCACCACAACGCACUAAGUUAUGUUUUGCCAAAGGAAUGAGUGCUUAACUGACAAGUUGGAGGAGCCUCGAUCGGUGGCUAGAACAGAGGAUGGGGAGAGAAGUUGAGGCAUAUCUGAGAGAGAAAGACGCUGGUGGUUAGAGGUUGGAAAGACGUGCAGUCAUAUUGAGUUUGAUGCUUUUUUGCCUUAAUGUCAACUGCAGGGUUUCUACCUGUCAUUUUGUGGAAUAAUAAGAUGUUGGCAUUAGAUCCCAGAUUAUUUGUUUCAUGUCUUAUAUGCCUUCCUAAAUGUCUUUGAAUAAACAAUAGCUCCAUCUGGAGAUGUAGGGUAUUUUU